UUAAACCUUACCGUCACGCCCAAGCAGUGAACUGCUUCUUGGGCCACCGGGAUGAAGACUAGAAGCACUGUAUCUUCUCAGUAUCUUUGGGCACCGAGCUGGGCGACGUACUUCACGCCUAGUUCAUCGUCAACAGCAGCCGCUGGCGCUGGGUAGUCGCGACUCGGAGUCAUCUUGGGAAUUCCGUGGCUCACUGCCUCAUAAAUGGACGGCCGUUCUGUUGAAAAAAGACCCUUAGAAAUCCGCGGAAUCUAUCAACAUGUUGAACCUACGAUUGCUUACCGUUGCAGGCGUUAUAGCGUACUUUCGCGUUCCAUACGUUCAAGGUCAAGACCUUGCACAGAGUUUACAGAUGAUUCCCCAGGCUGUGUUCGUCGACCCUCGUUCCUUUGCUGUGAUGGGAGAAAAUGCCACCUUCCGAAUGGAUGCUUUCAAUAACAAUACCCUCCUCAACCCGACUUCCACACCGUCACCGUUCUUCCAAGUUUUGGAUCGAUCUUUUCUCCCCAUUUUGGGAGAAAAUGCCACCAUACAUGAAAUUACUAGGAACGACACGUUCGCCUUUGCCCAUGAAGCCCCGAUUUACAACGCUGCAACGGAUGAGGUUUUCUUUGCUAGCAAUGACGGCGGUGCAUUGGGAAUGAGUGAUCUCAAUCAUAGCAAUGUAGUCAGCAAAAUCAGCAUGGCCGCGGUGGAAAAAGCAUUGGCAGAGAAUGCAUCUGAUGUCAAUAUCCCUAUCACUACUCUCGAUCUGCCUGAGUCAAUUCAAAUGACGAACGGUGGUACGGGACCAUUCAAAUCCUCUUUAAUUCUUAUCACUUCCGGAAGAGGUCCCAGACCUCCGUCGAUUGCUUUGGUCAACCCGCUCCCACCGAACAACGUCACCGUUCUCCUGGACAAUUACUACGGACGCCAAUUCAAUUCACUCAAUGACAUCAAAGUACAUCCCAAUGGAAAACUAUUUUUCACAGACGUGACAUACGGAUUCCUCAAUGAGUUUCGCCCUGCACCCCUGAUGCCGAACCAGGUGUAUCGGUUUGACCCCGAUACCGGUGCGGUGCGUAUGGUUGCCGAUGGAUUUGACAAAUGCAAUGGCAUCGCUUUCACCGCAGACGGAAAUACUGUCUACAUAGCGGACACCGGAUCGAAUUCUGGCAACUUGCUUGGAAAUAACCAAACCGCGCCCUCCACAAUUUACGCGUUUGACGUCGACCCCAAAACCAACGCUUUCAAAAAUCGCCGUGUCCUCGCUUACGUCGACGCUGGUGUUCCUGAUGGUCUUCAAGUUGACACUGAGGGAAAUAUCUACAGCGGAACCGGUGACGGGGUACAAGUGUGGAAUCCCUCGGGUGACUUGUUAGGAAAGUUUUUCAUUGGCACAACAUCUGCUAACAUGGUAUUCGCUGGAGAUGGUCGACUCGUCAUACUCGCCGACACAAAGAUUUUCUUGGCCAAGAUUGCCGCAAAGGGCUUUCCUUUAGGAGGACAAUGAUACGACGAGAGUUCCGCAGUCCCCCUUGUAGCUUCCCACCAAUUUUUCACCUGUCGCUUUGUCGUCGGAUACAGUCAGCUCACUAUCCAACAUUACUGUGGGACUGAUGUGCUCGUUGUACUCCCCGUCAAACACGUAUACAAAUAAUGACAUCUCUUGGAAAAGCCAUUUCAGGGACUCACAAUGGAAAUGCUUGUCGGUCAUCUGAAUACUCGCAGAGACUGCACCUUAGAAACCGUUUCACUCCGAUUCACGAUGCCCCCAAACAGUUCUAAAUCUAUCUGUGGCAUGACCAUGUACAGGCCUCGCACUUCUAGCUGUACACCUCUAGGCUCUCGAUUCGCGGAAGACGUCCACUGGCAAGUAAAUCAACAUUGACCACCGACACUCAUUGGACAUUCGCUAUCGCGUUAAGACCAUC